AUGGAUUUCAACCUGCUGGCAGACACGGAGGCGCGCAGCCCAGCCUUGUCUCUCUCCGACUCCGGGACCCCUCAGCACGAGCACAGCUGCAAAGGGCAGGACCACAGCGACACGGAGAAGUCCCAGCAGAACCAGACAGACGACUCCAACCCCGAGGACGGCUCUCUGAAGAAGAAGCAGCGCAGGCAGCGCACACACUUCACCAGCCAGCAGCUCCAGGAGCUGGAGGCCACCUUCCAGAGAAACCGCUACCCAGACAUGAGCACGAGGGAGGAGAUCGCAGUCUGGACCAACCUGACGGAGGCACGAGUCCGGGUCUGGUUCAAAAACCGCAGAGCAAAGUGGAGGAAGCGGGAGAGGAACCAACAGGCUGAGCUGUGCAAGAACAGCUUCGGCGCCCAGUUCAACGGACUGAUGCAGCCUUACGACGACGUGUACUCCAGCUACUCCUACAACAACUGGGCCACCAAGGGGCUCGCCACCAGCCCGCUCUCAGCCAAGAGCUUCCCCUUCUUCAACUCCAUGAACGUCAGCCCCCUCUCCUCGCAGCCCAUGUUCUCCCCGCCCAGCUCCAUCGCCUCGAUGACCAUGCCCUCGUCCAUGGUGCCCUCCGCGGUGGCCGGAGUGCCGGCCUCCAGCCUCAACAACCUGGGCAACAUCAACAACCUGAACAGCCCGAGCCUCAACUCCGCUGUCUCGUCCAGUGCCUGUCCUUACGCCUCAACAGCCAGCCCCUACAUGUACAGGGACACGUGCAACUCCAGCCUGGCCAGCCUGCGGCUGAAGGCCAAGCAGCACGCCAACUUCACCUACCCGGCGGUGCAGACGGCAGCCUCCAACCUGAGCCCGUGCCAGUACGCCGUGGACAGGCCCGUAUGA